AUGGCCAACAACUCCAGUAGUUCCUUGGCUUCUGCCAAUGGAACAAGUGACUGGAACGAGCAACGGGAAGAAAGCACCCUUUACAGACUGGUUGUAUCAGUGACAGUGACGCUUGUGAUGGCUCUGCUGGUGUUCUCCUUGGGUUGCACUACUGAGGUGAAGAAGUUGUGGGACAAUAUCAAGAGACCUUGGGGGAUCGCUGUGGGGAUGAUGUGCCAAUUUGGGCUAAUGCCUUUGAUGGCCUAUAUCUUGGCCAUUAGCCUUGGCACAACCACAACCCAGAACGUUGCCAUCCUUAUCCUUGGCUGUUGUCCUGGAGGAUCAAUCUCCAAUCUUUUUACUUACUGGGUCGAUGGAGACAUGGAUCUCAGCAUCACUAUGACUACAUGUUCUACUAUAGCUGCACUGGGAAUGAUGCCACUGUGCCUCUACAUCUAUACAUAUUCCUGGGAACUUGCAGAUGGCAUCCCAAUUCCAUACCAGACCAUAGGCACAAGUCUUCUCAGCUUAAUCAUACCAAUUGCUUGUGGGAUCUUUGUAAACCAUAGAUGGCCUAAACAUUCCAAAAUCAUUGCCAAGGUUGGAAGCAUUUUGGGAGCAACUAUCCUUGUGGUUAUAUCAGUAACUGACAUACUAUUGUUCCAAUAUUUUUUGAAUCUGGACCUCUCCAUAGUGACUUCUUCGGCAGUUUUAUCGUUCAUUGGCUACACAGGCGGCUUUCUGUUGGCCCUUAUCACCUGCCAGUCUUGGCCCAGGUCUCGAACAAUUGCUUUGGAGACAGGGACGCAGAACAUGGCGUUGUACAUGGCUGUGCUCCGGUUAUCUUUGAGCUCUCAACAGUUCUCCCAGAUAGUCACUCUUCCAAUGUUUUACGGUGCCUUUCAGCUGCUGAACGGAUUACUCAUAACUGCUGUGUAUCAGAUUUACAAGAAAUGUUUGGGGAAAAGACAAGACGAGAAAGCACUGGAACCCCAUGUUAAUACGCUGGAUGUUUUCGGCAGCAAGCUCAACGUGGGCUUUGAAAAGGAAGAGGAUGGCCCUGAGCAUUCCAGGAUGGAAAACAAAGCUGGCCAGUUUCAACAAGGAGCUGUACAUGAAAUGACUUCCCUUAAAGGAAUUCUGUGA